CCCACAUGACCUCCCCGGAGCGCUUCCCUAUGGGCCUCGCAUCAUCGAUGACUGACCCGAACUUUCCAUCGCUUUAACCUUUUUAACCUCGAAACCCAACCCUAUUACGACACCUCCUCGUACGACCUUUCUUUCAACCAACUCAACUCACAAAAAAUCGAAGGAAUUCUCGCUACGUACGCGCACAAUCGCCGCGAUGGCUUCCAACACCAAGUACCAGCCGGCUCCUCAGAGCGACCCCGACGACUACACCCACGCGCCCCCCGCCUACGCUGAGGGCUCGGCUGCUCGCGAUGAGACUCAAGGCCUCUUUGGUGCGCCCCGCAAUAGUGAGGACAACCUUCCAGAUGAUUUCAAGUUUGGUGGCUCUGUAGCUGAGGCUACUGUUGAUAUCCGCAACCAGUUCGUUCGCAAGGUCUACACCAUCCUUACUGUCCAGCUCCUCGCCACUGCUGGAGUGAGCAGCCUCACAUUCUUCAGCACUGGUUACAAGGACUGGAUCCAAAGCCACCCCGGUGUCGUUUGGGCUUCGCUCUUUGGUGCCAUGAUCUUCAUGGGUUUGACCUACUGGAAGCGCAAGUCUUACCCGACUAAUCUCCUCUUCCUCUCGCUCUUCACCCUCGCCGAAGCUUACACCAUCUCUGUUAUCGUAUCAUUCUACAAGACAUCCAUCGUUCUCAACGCUGUCGUACUUACUGCCGGUAUCUUUGUCUUCCUCACUCUCUUCGCCUGCCAGACAAAGUACGACUUCACAUCAUGGAUGCCUUACCUCUUCGGUGCUCUCUGGGGUCUCGUUAUCUUCAGCUUCAUGGCCAUGUUCUUCCCUUACAGCUCUACCGGCGAGCUCAUCUACGGCGGCCUUGCUGCUCUGAUUUUCAGUGGCUACAUUCUCGUCGACACCCAGCUUGUCCUUCGCCACCACCAUGUCGAGGAGGAGAUUGCCGCUGCCAUCAGCCUCUACCUCGACAUUAUCAACCUCUUCCUCGCUAUUCUGCGCAUUCUCAACAGCCAGUCUAAUAACUAAGCGCUGCCGACCUGUAAGAGUUUAACGAGGUGUAGACGCGAGACCUAUGGACCGAUGACUCGGUUCUUAACUUCCAUCCCUGUGCUACCAAGAUUGUGUUAUGCGAGCUGUGUCUGAUUAAAGAGCUAUCUUAAUUUGUGUCACGGACGGUUUCCCUAGUCAGACUAUGGACUUUGGCGUUUUUGGAGAGAGAUUGGUUUCCUUUAUUAUACGUUGAUUGGGCUGUCUAAACAGCUUAUACUUAGUACAUGAUAAUUGAUAGUCAUCAUCAUAAACCUAGAAACCAUUGAGUAUUUUGGAGUAACAGGAUGCGGUGAGUGUUCAAUGGUUCAGCAAUCGUAU